AUGCAUGGUCGUGAAGUUAUUGAACAAGUGGAUAAAGGCUACAGAAUGCCUAAGCCAGCGAAUCAGCCAUUACCGGACAGCAUUUACCGUCUUAUGCUGCAAUGUUGGGACGCAUGUCCAGAGAAACGACCUACCUUUGAAUUCCUCAAUCAUUACUUUGAAUCAUUUAAUGUGACAAGUGAAAUACCAUACCUUGAACCGCCAACAGACUGA